AGUAUUAGACCUAAAUUGAAUCACCUUUGUCGUGUCUUUCUGGGAUUAUUUCCCCAUGAAAAGUGCAGUUUAGGGGAUCCGAUCCUUAUUUAAAACGCUUACAAAGGACACAAGCUCUCUUUCCUCAUUUCACAUUUAAAAAUAGCGAAGUAGCCGAGGAAGAACCGAGGUGUUUGUUUUCCUUUGAUUUGUAAGUACUGACCUGGCUGAAGGAUGUGGGAAGUGGAGAUCAGAGGCAUGGCAUCAGCCCAUGCCCUCCUCGCUGGCUCUGUGCUGGUGGGAAGCUUGAUGCCCGCUCUCACCGUGGAGAACUUUUCAGUGUAUGGGACACACUUGGUGUGGCUUUAUUCUGUUUCUGGUUGUGUUGCCAUAGUCAACAUUGCUGUAUUUUGGCUUCUUGGCAUCAGUCCACCGACAAAGAAAAACACACUGAGCUAUAAGUUGUCUCGACUGAUUAGAUCCUGUGUGUAUUUUCUGCUGUCUUGCCUCUUCUUCCACACCGUAGUUGUUCUGUAUGGUGCACCUCUGCUGGAGUCAGCUCUGGAGACGUUUUCUCUGGCUGUCCUUUUGUCCAGUCUGACCACACUGAGGUGUCUGUGUAUGCUCGGUCCAAAUGUACAGGCAUGGAUACGGGUUUUCAGUAGAGAUGGGGCGAUGUCUGUGUGGGACACUUCACUUCAGAUUACUACUGGCUGCAGCAUAGUCGGAGCCUGGCUUGGAGCUUUCCCCAUUCCUCUUGACUGGGACAGACCCUGGCAGGUGUGGCCCAUUUCCUGUUCCCUCGGGGCGACCGGAGGAUUUCUGACAGGACUGCUUGCUGCUCCAAUCUGGAUCCGCUGGCAUCGCAAACAGCUCACCUACAAACUCAAAUGAAGGACAGGAGCUUACAGGCAAAGGACC